AAACGGUAAAUAAGUACUCAAUUCCAAUUAGGCAAAUUCUUGCACGGGGUUGGUCCGAAUAUAGAGAACAAGAUGGGGUCGCAGGAAACAUUGUCACCAAAUAAAAAUUAUAACACUAGAUUGAUACAUACGAUCUUACCCCAACGCACCUUACCACUCAGCGUGCUAUCGAACCGUUUCUAAUUAUUGUGAGUGAUACUACUAUUGAAGUUGAAACACAGAGAUAACACAUUUGAACAAAGAGACUUCAGCAGAGUUACUCGUUCAGUGUAAGAGUGGCUAACCGAGUGUCCGUGCCUCCGCGUUGGGUGCUGAUUGGUGGAGAAGCCCUGGGCUUUGGCAUCGAGUUAGCUGCAUUCACGUUCGCAGACCUGCACACUUCACCAUCAUGAUAGCGACGCUGCCUGUCCCGAGCCGCCGUUGGCUGCCCUUCUUGUUAAUAGGGAGCGUGUUGUUCCUGGUGUUGGUGUGGGUACAGCUGCCGGCGCAGUGCACGCCCUCGUCGCUCACCGCCUUCUUAGGACCAGCCGCGUCGGCUGGGCGGGCGGCGAUUGCGACCGGCGUGGAAGGCCCAUCGCGGCUACCUGAGCGGUACUGGCUGCUGCGUACGCAGCACCCCGGCGCAUACUCGCAGCCGUCGUGCACACGGCUGGCGACACGACAGGAGUUGACGGCUGCGGCGGCGGGCUGGCAGCUGUUGGCCGUCCCCAACGGCAGCGUGUACUUGUACGGCGGAUACUGGGACGACCGAUUCGAGGAGCCACUGGUACGGGUGCUCCUCUACUGUGAUGUGUCGCCCCCGCCGCCGCUCUACUGCCAGCUCUGGUACCCCGAUGAUAACGCGCCGCUGACAGUUGCUGCGGAGCUGCAGUACGCGUGGCGGCGCGAGUGGGGCGGGCCCAUCGCCGGCGUCAACGAGCCUUACAUAGCGUCGUGCCGCGCGCGCCGCCACCGGCCCGACCCGCCGCUGGCGCCGCUCGCCGUCUCCCUCGUGCUCGAGCCCUGCCAGCGCGCCAACAACGUACUCGACGUACAGGGCGCUCCGGCACCCGAGGAGAAGGUUCGCGGCAGGCCGGAUAACGGGUCAAUCGCAGUGUGCCUUAAGUGGCUGGACUACCGGCGCGAUGUGUCGGCGCACCUAGUUGAGUGGGUGCAGCUGCUGAAGGCGUUCGGCGCCAGCACGCUCUACGUACACGUGGUGCAUGCGCACCCGAACGUGGUGAAGGUGUUGUCGCACUACGCGGCGGAGGGGUUCGCGCAGGUGUCGCAGCUGGCGCACCCGCCGCAGCUGGCGCGCGCGACGCACGGCGCGGGCGCGCGCGACUUCCACGACCUGCGGCGCGAGCUGCUGCCGCUGAACGACUGCCUGUACCGCGCCGCGCGACGCCACGCGCUGCUCGCCGCCAUCGACAUGGACGAAAUCAUCGUGCCAGUCAGAGACGGGUCGUGGACGCGGCUGGUGGCACGCGAGGCGGUCGAGUCUGGCGGAGCGGUGGACGCGCUCGUGUUCGCAAACUACUACCUGCUAGACGGCGCUCAGCGCGGCACCGUCGCGCCGCCGCCUGCGCGCAUGCUCGCGCACGUGUGGCGCGCGCGCAACCCUAAUCCGCCCGGUAACACGCGCCAACACACACCAUGCAUCUUUCCUGAGGCCUGGAAAGAGACAGUUGUGAUAGGGAUUCACAAGCUGGGUAAACCCGCAACCGAUCCGGCCUCUUACAGGCCGAUGAGGUUUCUUAGUACGUUAGGGAAACUUUACGAGCGGAUCAUCCUCGAUCGUCUCAAAAUAGUAGCUUAUUUUCAUCAUCUGCUCCCUCCGGUGCAGUUUGGCCUCCGAAGUAUGCACAUUUGCAUCAGAUACUCCGCAACACGGAGCAUGUCUAUGAUAAGUUUAGACACAACAUUCCUACCGAUGCUCUUUUCUUCGAUAUUGAAAAAGCAUUCGACAUAGUGUGGCACAACGGCUUACCUUUUAGGCUGUACAUUCACAUUGUGCCCGAACAGCUAGUGCAUAUCAUAUGAGACUUUUUGUCGAAUGGCGGUCUCAAAUAUCGCAUGGAAAGAACUCCCUCUUUCCGACACACCAUUACCGCCGGAGUUCUGCAAGGCUCCACACUUUCUUCUUUUCUCUUCUCGCUUUACACAAGCGAUAUCCCUUAUACCUCCCAUAUACCACCUGCUCCACUUUAGCGUCUGCAGAUUUUGCAAAACAAAUUUCUAAGACGAGCUCGUGGUACGUUGGCAACCGCAACAUCUAUGUGGACACUAAUGUGCCGACUAUCAGGAAAUUUAUGUAUAUGAGCAGCAGACGCUAUUUUGAUUGGGCGGUCUAUCAUCCGAAUACGUUAGUUAGGCAAAAUUCGAUCUAUAGGUACUCUAUUCACUUACAAACCCAAAGGACGAUAUGACUCUUGGUAUACGUCGAAAAAACAAGUUCUUGAAACUCCUACACUCCACAAGACCGCAGGUCCGUCGCCUCGCCGCGUUCCCCGUCCUCCUGUCUCCUCUAAUACUUCCGACCCGCGUGCCGAUGCAUACGGUAAUGGUUAGAAAACAGACUGUUAUUUUGCUAAUUAGACCAUAAUCGCUGUUGUAUCCUCCUCUCCCAGUGACGGUGCUGAGCCGAGAUUCGUAACCCGUGAGAGGGUUGUUCUCAGCAUGGUCACUUAAUUUUCAACGAUUGCGAACGCCUAAAGCGCUCACCCAAAAGUCCGGUGUGUUUAUAUAAGCCGGCCCUUGCCAGGCUAACAAACGUAAAGUCAAGUUACAACAAAACAAACUACACACACACCGGAGGAGGUCAGGCACAUGUCAAUUGAGAUGGGUUUGCAUUUCACAGGGCACAACGUGAAGUCGUUCCACAACACGUCGACGGUGGUGGCGAUGCACAACCACUUGCCGAUGUGGUGCGGCGCGCGCGGCUGCCGCGUGCGCGACGUCA